CGAUAUACAAAUACUGUCCUGACCGAGGCCGACGACCCAGCCAGCGCACGGGCUUUGGUACCGUAGUAUUUCCGACUACAGACAGACCAGUGACCUGAGAGCAUCGGAUUACCUAGUCUACAGACUACACUACAGUUGAUUGAUUCUGUGAGAAACAUAAUGGAGACAAAAGACUCGGCUACAUGUAGUUCAAAGGUCACCCGAUCUGGUAGACAUGGUGGAGAUCAAACGAGAAGAGCUGUACUUUCAGCAUCAUCAGGAGUCCACUGUGAAUUUUUGUUAUCUGGGUUCAAGGAGGAGAGGGAGAAGAAGGAGCUUAUGAAGAAGAUUCGAGCUUUAGGAGGACGCACCAAAAAUGAAAUGACCUAUGUUAGUAGAUGCACACAUGUUAUCAGCUACAGACCGAUCAGAAGUGAGAAAUUUCUCUGUGGUAUUGCAGGAGGAAAAUGGGUUCUGAAACCAGAGUUCAUCACAGACAGUUCUAUCAAGGGCAGAUGGCUGGAGGAAUCAAAGUACGAGUGGGGCGAGGGUGAUGUUUCAUUGGAGAAUGUCCUACCAGGUCUCCUGACAGCUCCAGGGAGAUGGAGGAAGAAGGUUGCUGCUACUGGCCAAGGAGCCUUCCACAACUGGAAAGUGCUUCUGCAUGUCACCAAUCAAAAGAAUAGAGAAGCGGUUUAUAAAAGAGUUCUUGAAGCAGGUGGAGGGCAGUGUUACACCGUGACCUUCCCAAUCGAAGACCCUGCUAGAGUAGCUUCCUUAGUGACCCAUGUCAUUGUUGACAAGUGCUAUGAGGAGCAUGUCAAGUGUCUGGAAGCUAGAGGGGUCCCCUGUGUCCUACCAGAAUUCAUUGCUGAACAUCUCUUUCAGGAGUCACCCGACAUUGCCAAGUUAAAAGUAUCCAGCACAUUGAUGACACCAACACAAACCAAAAGACAAGGAGACGUGGUUGUGUCUACAGUUAGUACAAAGAAGGCUGGCGUAGCCAAUAAGACUCCUCAGAUAGACACAUUCAUGAAGCCGACAACACAGACCAGAUCAAGAGAGAAACAAACCAACCUUCAAGAAGGAGAAAGGGAAACCCCUGGAUCAACGACAAGCAUCGCUGAAGAAACCACCAUGAGUGAUCCAGGGCGAGGUGUUAAAAGGAAGCUUCACUUUUCUCCAAAUCAGCUGAGAGAGGCACUGCAGAUAUUGAAAAAGAGAAAGCUAUCAUCUCAGCAUCUGCCUCUUGUACCUUACACCAUGUUGAUUCCAAGACCCAAGAAAACAUUCCAGUGUGCUAGUGACGAUUGUCCAUCGAGACCAUUUCCAGCUACCAUCUGUAACUCCAUAGAAGCUAACAUUGAAGAGAAUCAUUGGAUGGAUGCUCUGUCAUGUAUAGGGUCAUCAGUCUCUACCCAUCUCUACCCCCCUCCUAACAUCCUCUACCACAUCAUGCAGAACAUGUUACAGAGCACAAGUUUGACAGUUUGCUGUUCAGCGGUUUUCAUCUUAAAACAGGUCCUCUGUCUGCACAGUCCCGCUUGUUAUCCUUCAUUGCGGAAACUUUAUCUUGAUUCUAUGGCCCCGCCUCCUCAGGUUGUGAGCGUGACCUAUCACAACGCUCACUGGCAUUUUGUUGAUGCUGUUAUAAGGAGAGCAUUAGAUGGUCAGCUUGUUAUCAAGCAGGACACUGAGCAUAAGGAUGAGGAGGAUGUCAAGGUUGCCAUGGAAACUGCUGAGAUGCUGCUUCAUUUCCUGGUGUCGCUGUUUGAAGAAGAUUACCUGUCUUCAGCCAGGAUCAGUGAAGGAACCGAGCGAUGGAGAGGCGUAUCUGAUUGCAUGUUAGCUAGGAUCCUUUGGGUAUCCUCAAUAGAGCGAUCCUCAAGUAAAGUGCCUAUCAACAUUCAGUGGCUUAUUCAUCACUUCUUGCAAGCUGUCAAAAUGGCUGCCAAGUGCGAUGAUUGGAAGCCAGUAACGAGUCUCUUAUCGACUCUGAUGUUGAUGGCAGCAGAUAUUCAUUCAUCAUUGGGAGAGCAGCCUGGAAACUCCAACACAGAGAAGAGAAAGAAGGAGUUUGCGGAGAAGCUAGCCUCAAAGGCAAAACAAGAGGGUAUUCUUGUAAGCAAGUCAAGGCAGGAGAUGUUCUUUUCCAUGCUCAAACCAAGCUGGUUGUUGAUGGGCGUGGCAGAGUGCCUCUUACAGAAUUAUGAUGAUCGUCUCCUGGGUGGAGAGCGUGCCUUCUGGGUUGAACAGCCGCUGACUCUUAGAAAGAUUGUGUCCUACUACUUUUACUUAGUCCCACCUACUGCUGGGCCUGUAAUGAAAGAAAGAAGUGGAGAUGGUAAAGGUACCCCACUCAAGACUAUCAGUAAUCAGCAACAGCUCACUUGUAAGAGUGGUUUGGUGGUCACAAACGCCUCCCCUAAAUCUUCCCCUAAAGCCUCUCCUAAAGCCUCUCCCAGGAAGGGCAAUGUCAACCGAAAGAAUCCAAGAGGGGAAACACCACUCCAUACAGCAUGUAUCAAGAACAAGGUUGAAACAGUUCGAGAGCUUCUUAGUGAACCUGACAUAGAUAUCAAUGCACGGGACAAUGCAGAAUGGACACCUCUACAUGAAGCAUGUAACCAUGGACAUACUGAUUGUGUCAAAGAACUUCUAGAAUUUGCUCCUGGAAAGAGAAAGACUGCAGGUCCCCUGAAUAAAUCCUUGGACUUGUUGGCAGCUCCAUCUGAGUGUGGGACCACGCCCCUCCAUGAUGCGGUCAAUACCAAUCAGGUAGAAGUAGUCAAGCUGCUAGUAGAGGCUGGUGGGAGGAGCCUACUAACCAUGACAAACAAAGUAGGGUUAACACCAGUUGAACUGGCAUUGACAAAGGACAUGAAGGAAGCCUUGGCAUGUCAAAGGCCAGAGGUCAGCAGAUUGCCUGCUAUUGAUGAGAAUUCAAACAAGAGGAGCCUUUUGACUAUAAAGAACAAGGAUGGGGGAGAUGCAGAAAAUGCCAGUCGUGGACAAAGCAAUCAGCAGGAGGACACAUUUAAGAAAGCUCUUUUAAUGUCAAAAUCCUCACCGAAAUCUUCUCCCCGAAAGAACGUGAAUCGGAAGAAUCCGAGAGGGGAAACACCACUCCAUACAGCAUGUAUCAAGAACAAGGUUGAAACAGUUCGAGAGCUUCUUAGUGAACCUGACAUAGAUAUCAAUGCAAGGGACAAUGUAGGAUGGACACCUCUACAUGAAGCAUGUAACCAUGGACAUACUGAUUGUGUCAAAGAACUUCUAGAAUUUGCUCCUGGAAAGAGAAAGACUGCACUUCCCCAGAGUAAAUACUUAGAUUUUUUAGCAGCUCCUUCUGAAUGUGGGACCACGCCUCUUCAUGAUGCGGUUAAUAACAAUCAGAUAGAAGCAGUUAAGCUCCUAGUAGAGGCUGGAGGGAGAAGCCUGUUGACAAUGAAGAACAAAUUAGGGUUCACACCACUUGACCUUGCCUUCAAUAAUGAGGACAUGAAGAAAGCCUUGUUAGGUCAAAGGUCGGAGGUUAGCAGUUUGCCUGACAUUGACAAAGAGAAUGAGAACAAAGAGAACUUGCUUCAGCCACACCCCAGCACAUACCGCCAGCUCCUAGGCCCACCUGCUACCAGUACAUCAGGCUAUGUGACGGAAGAGGAGUCUGAAGCAUUUGCUGGUAUCGUCAUGGCGAUGCUGCAGAGUUACGUUCGGUCACACAAUCUCCAUCGAGUGAAGGCUGAGGUUGAUAUCAUCAAGGGGCAAAAGAGAGUGGUGAACAGCUUACGAUUAAAUGGGGGCAAUGCCAGUGUGAGUGAAACCACACCCUUCGUGUCAGUGUUAGGCUCCCCAUCUAUCUCCAAGGCAGGCUUACCACACACCCCAAGCCUCAACGACCCAGUUUACACAGAGAAUGUUUCCAGCGUUGAGCCUCUCCUGGAAGACAUGGAGGUGUUCAUGGAGCUUAGCCGUCACACCGAGGGUCUCAAGGCCCACCUACGUCAGAUCAGCCCCACUCAAGAACCAGUGACCUCAACAAAAUCCACGAUCACGCUAAAAGUUUCCCGUUCCAUGAGACUGAUCACUCACCUGUGUGCUGUAGUGAGCUGAAAUGCUGCCAUAUUUGGACACAAGAAAGUUGUAUGCAAUUCGGUUGAUAUAUGGUGCGGCAUAUAUAGGUUGCAGUGAACAGGCCAAAUUUCUAACUUCGGCGUCAACAUUACGCACAGGCGCUGGCUGCGCACAGUGCGAGUGUAAUGUUAUUUGCCAGUGAAAAAAAAAUGAAAACCAUAAGGCAAGAAUCCACCCAAAAUGGUGUAAAUUUCGCAAAGAAAUCUGUGGGCAAAUCUGUCUCCCACUUCCUGGACCCUAGUAAACAGCAUAUCAGCAUGCUUGCGUGCACUUUAGUACUAGUGCGUGCAACAGAUGUUGAUUUUUUCCCUCUGCAAGUGAUAGAUGGUGCACUGUAUUGUGAGUCUACCAAAUUGGUUGCAAAUUUCAGUCAUUAAUCUGCAAUCGAUAAAUCCAUUGUAAGUAUGGCAAAUCAAUUCAUACAUGCUAUUGCAAGAGGUGGACUGACAAUCAAAUGGAAAUUUGAAAAUAAGUUGGAAACAUGUGACUGAUGUUUAAUCCUAAAAUUCCAUAAAAUAAUCUUUUUGUAUGUUUGACAAUGAUUUUUCAAGAAUUUUAAUAUUACAAACCACUAAAAUUAUAACAAUU